AUGCCUCGCCGCGAAGCUUCUCCGGCUAUGUCGGAGAACGAGUUCGAUAUCACAAGUGCGCUUUUCCAAAAAGACAACGAUUCCGACUCCGAUGCAGGCAUCCCAAAGCCCAAAUACAAGAAGAAGCCUACUCCAGCCACACAGGAUCUCGAUUUUCUGGGCGCCGAAGACGAUGGUGAUGAGGCGUUCAUUGCCAACCAGCAGGCUUCUGCCAAUCGAAAGGCAUCCAACUUGAAGGGUCGGACUGUUAAGAAAGGUGGUGGCUUUCAAGCAAUGGGCCUGAAUGCCAAGCUGCUCAAGGCCAUCACCCGCAAAGGAUUCUCCGUCCCCACCCCGAUUCAACGCAAGACUAUUCCGGUGAUUAUGGAAGACCAAGACGUCGUUGGCAUGGCUCGAACUGGUUCCGGAAAGACGGCUGCCUUUGUUAUCCCAAUGAUUGAGAAACUGAAGGCCCACAGCACAAAGUUUGGAGCCCGUGGAUUGAUUCUAUCGCCAUCUCGCGAACUGGCCCUGCAAACUUUGAAGGUGGUGAAGGAAAUGGGACGUGGAACAGACCUGAGAUCGGUCCUUCUGGUUGGUGGUGACAGUUUGGAAGAACAGUUUGGACUCAUGGCCGGCAACCCAGAUAUCGUGAUCGCAACGCCCGGUCGAUUUUUGCAUCUUCAGGUGGAGAUGGAAUUAGAUCUGUCGAGUAUCCGCUACGUGGUCUUUGAUGAGGCUGAUCGACUUUUCGAGAUGGGUUUCGCCGCGCAAUUGACCGAAAUUUUGCAUGGUCUGCCUUCAACCCGACAAACACUUCUUUUCUCUGCAACACUGCCCAAAUCUCUUGUGGAGUUUGCCCGUGCUGGUCUCCAAGAGCCAACUUUAAUCCGUUUAGAUACCGAAGGCAAAAUCUCACCAGAUCUGCAAAACGCAUUCUUCUCCGUCAAGUCUUCGGACAAGGAAGGCGCCUUGUUGCAUAUUCUCCAUGAUAUCAUUAAAAUGCCCACCGGCGAUACGGAAGUGACCAAGAGAUUCAAAGAGGAGGGCCCCCCUUCGAAGUUCUCGAACAAGCGAAAGAGAGAUGAUGGGAAAUCCGGACCGCACAAGGAAUCUCCGACCGAACACUCAACCAUCAUUUUCGCAGCUACGAAGCACCACGUCGACUACCUCUAUUCACUCCUGAAUGAAGCCGGUUUCGCUACCUCAUUCGCCUACGGUUCCUUGGAUCAGCUUGCACGAAAGAUUCAGGUCCUGAAUUUCCGACGGGGUAUCUCGAACAUCCUGGUCGUCACCGAUGUGGCCGCCCGUGGUAUCGAUAUCCCGGUUCUUGCCAAUGUCAUCAACUACGAUUUCCCCUCACAACCCAAGAUCUUUGUCCACCGUGUUGGUCGUACUGCUCGUGCUGGCCAAAAGGGAUGGAGUUACAGUCUUGUCCGGGACUCCGAUGCGCCAUACAUGCUUGAUCUUCAACUUUUCCUUGGACGACCACUCGUGCUGGGACGUCAUUCUGGCCCAGUCAACUUCGCCGAGGAUGUCGUUGUUGGAUCACUCCCGAGGGAUCCCCUUUCCCGUAGCUGUGAAUGGGUCAACAAGGUUCUAGCGGAAAUGCACGAUAUUACUUUGCAGCGCCAGGUCGCCACGCGUGGUGAAAAACUCUACUUGCGUACUCGAAAUGCUGCAUCUCUCGAGAGCGCGAAGCGAGCCAAGCAAGUCACAGCUACUGAAGAAUGGUCUACUAUCCAUCCGCUCUUCAACGACCAAACUAGCGAUCUGGAAGCUGAACGGGAGAAGCUUUUGGCCAAGAUCGGUGGUUUCCGACCAAACGAAACCAUCUUCGAGGUCCAGAAUCGACGAACUGGCAAGACCGAGGAGAAGAAUCCCGCGAUGGAAACGAUCAAAAGGCUGCGAACGACGGUCGACAAGAAGAAGGCUCGCGCCCAGGCCAAGGAACAAUCGGAUUUGAACGAACUUGGCGCUGGGGUCGACCACGACAUGGAAUCCGCCGAUGAGGAUAUCCCCGAGGUUGCUGGCGACAACAUGUCGGAAGCCGACGAGUCUGAUUUGGAGGUCACCUUCUCCGCCUACUCUCAACCAAAGAACAAGAACCCGAACAAAUCCCAAGAAACCUUUUCAUCCUCGUUUCAGAAUCCCGAUUACUUUAUGGGUUACACCCCCAACAACAACGAUCUCGCCGAGGAUCGGGCUUAUGGUGUUCACUCCGGUACAAACCAAAACUUCACCCAGGCCUCCCGCAGUGCGACCAUGGACCUCAACGGUGACGAAGGUCAACGCGGCACUGGAGAGCAACGGUCCACCAUGCGUUGGGAUAAGCGACACAAAAAGUACGUGGCUCGACAGAACGAUGAGGACGGAUCCAAGGGCACGAAGUUGGUGCGGGGUGAGAGUGGUGUCAAGAUCGCUGCCAGUUUCCGAAGCGGUCGAUUCCAAAGCUGGAAGAAGGGCAAGCGCAUGGGCAAGUUGCCUCGUGUGGGUGAAGCCGAGACACCUGGACUUGGAGAUGUCUUUAAUGGACCUGCUGGUCGUAGUGGUAGUGGUGGUGGCCGUGGCGGUGGUUCUGGAGGCCCUCGUGGUGGUGGCCGAUUCCGACACACGCAGCAACGGGCGCCUAAGCGCGCCGAUCCUCUUCGUGGCGAUUACGACAAGCAGAAGAUGAAGAACGAAGCGGCACGCGAACGACUGGGUGCUAGCGGUGCGGGUGGUAAGAGUGAGAUUCGCUCGACGGAAGAUAUCCGCAAGGCCCGUAAUCUGCAACAGAAGCGUCGUGAUAAGAACGGACGGCCCUCGAAGAAGAAGCGCUGA